AUAGGAUUUCCCGCUUUCAAUGAGAGGCAGCCUGUAGCCGCUGAGUGACGAAUCCGUGCGAGUCGCGUAGCCAAAAUAGAAGCGUAGACGCCGCGAACACAGCCGAAGACAGGCUCGUCUGUGGGCGGGCGGGUGGUAGAGGAUGCAGGCCAGGGCGACAGACGGCUACGGCAGGUGAGUGAUGUGUUGAGAGGAAGGAGGUCGGUCAGAGGGUCGAGUGAUGUGGAGAAUAGCGCGGCACGUGACAUGCGCACUAGUCUGCUUCGGGGUUCUCCACUUCCCGUGUCCGCACUCCAACAUUCCGUCCCUCCCACCUUUCCAAAUGCCUACGGCCAACGGCCUUUUUGUCGCCUCCCAGCCAUGGUGCUUGCGUGACCUCGUGUUCGGCGGUGAGUCUUCGUCGUCUCGUCGUCUGCUGGGUUUUGGUUUGGCUUUGAGCUGCUGCUGCUUUUGCUGCUGCUGUCUUUCCCACCGUCAGCACGCCCUCAUCGUGGCUGUUUUCGUCCUGCAGAGGCGUCGCCGUGCUUGUCCUACGUUAGAAGAAGAAGAAAGAACAAACAAGUCUCGGCUUCUUGCCGCUCCUCCGGUUGCACUUGGCUUGACUCGUAUCGCGCUCCUCAGCAACGCCAUGUACCCGUCGGUCUGUCUGUCUGUCCAUGUUGGUGUAGAAGCGUCGUCUUCCGGCCUCCAAAAGUCUCUACUGCAAAAAGUAACAUUAGUCCAUUUCGCUCAACCGCCGAUGUCGAGCAGUCUUUAGUGCGAGGCCUACGUGGCGACCGCUGAGUGGUCUGCUUCUUCUGUUGAUCCCUCGGAUCCUAGGCCGCG